CUGGCAGAUAAAAUGUCCCUAAGGAGCCCAGACGAGAUUUGGUGUUAGACAUGAUUUAAUUCAAACUUCCUCUUUACCUGGCAAACUGUCUGCUGCAAUGACCAGAGACAGUUUGUGGAGAAGCAGAACCUUCUCUUUGGAUGUCCUCACAACACACACACCACAGCCUCCGACCGCUUCAUCUCCUCCACCAGAGCGAGAGGAUCAGAGAGAGGGAGAGUACAAGUGACGGGAGAACAACAGCAGCAUCACUGACAAGCAUCUCCCUCACUGGGGGAGAGAGGGAGAAAGAGAGAGAGGUAGGGAGAGAAGAAGUGAGGAGAAAAGAGGAGAGAGGGAGAGAGAGCAAAGCAGUGAGAGAAAUAAGUUUUUAGUUGGACGGAGGACAAGCGAGGGAGAGUUUGGAGUGAGAGAGCGUGGUGGGUGGCAGUGGGGGGAUUGGGAGCCUCAUUUUCCCUUGUCUUUUAUCGGCUGUGAGCGCCGCCUGCCUCUUCUCUUCUCCUUCUCCCCUCCUCCUCCUCUUCUUCCUCCUCUUCUCAUCCCGACUCUCCCCUCCCAGCUCCCGCCGUGGGGUCUCAGCUCUCCGUCUCCCUCCCCCCCUCCCUCGCUCCCUACCUCCCUCGGGCCCUGCUGGGAGCCUCCGAGCUGCUGCGCCGCAGGAGGAUGUCUCGCAGGGAGUCUCCGCCGCCACCCUCGCCACCUCCACCUCCGCAGCUGCUGGGAGUGCGGAGGGGAGAGGUGGAGUGCGAAGAUCGUCCGGAGCGUGCCGAGCCAUUGUCGGACGCCGAGAGGGAGAUCAUCCAGGACACGUGGGGGCACGUCUACAAGAACUGUGAGGACGUGGGGGUGUCUGUGCUCAUAAGAUUCUUCGUCAACUUCCCAUCAGCCAAACAGUACUUCAGCCAGUUCCAGGAAAUGGAGGAUCCCGAGGAGAUGGAGCGAAGCAGCCAACUUCGACACCAUGCCCGCAGGGUGAUGAACGCUAUCAAUACUGUGGUGGAGAACCUCCAUGACCCAGAGAAGGUAUCGUCAGUGCUGGCCCUGGUGGGAAAGGCCCAUGCUAUCAAACACAAGGUGGAACCCAUGUACUUCAAGAUCCUGAGUGGCGUGAUGCUGGAGGUGUUGUCUGAAGAUUUCCCAGAAUUCUUCACGGCAGAGGUGCAGAUGGUGUGGACCAAACUGAUGGGAGCGGUGUACUGGCAUGUGACAGGGGCCUACACAGAGGUGGGCUGGCUCCAGGUCUCCAGCUCGGCGGUGUGAAGAGUUUGGAAGAAGAGGGGGUAAAGGAGUUUCAUUUGCAAGGAGUUCUGUGAGGAUGGUUUCACAGACAUGGAUAAGAUUAACGUGGUAAUCCGCGCAACUCUGUACUUUAUUUUGGUGACAUUUUGGUGCUAAGCCUUCAUUGCUGUGGUGUUUCUACAUCGCACCUCCAAGACUCACUUGGACACCAAACAGUGUAGCCAGACAACAUUUUACUUUUCCUAAUGAAGUUUUAGCUAAUGUAAGUGGUGCUUUGGUCUGUGUGUUUAGCCACGGAGGCUAUCACUGCUAAUGCUAACUAUCCAGUUCCUCUAUUGUUUAUUCCAAACAAACUGCUGUUGCUGCCAAAAGCAUACAACACAUCACUUCCUGUGUGGCAUGGGAUCUUCCCCAUUAAUGAGCUACCAAGUGCUUAGACAAGCAAAUCCAAAAGCUUUUAAUUACUGUUCUGUUACAUUCAUUGACAAUUGACCCUUCGCUAAGCCCUGUCCCCUUUAGUUACUUUUGCUAUGCCUGUCCAGCUUUCCAAUCUAGCACGCUACAUAUGCAGUUUACAAUAAUAAUGGUGGCAGAUUAGCCACUCAAACUUCUUAGUAAUUUUUGAAACAAUGGUUCCUUAAGUUCAGACAGAGACUCAUUUCCAGCUGAAGACUGUCGAUUUUACCACCCGUAGUAACAACUGUUGCUAGCAGAUUUUAUCAUCUAUCGCUAGCUAACUAAUUAAUGUUAGCUAAGCAAGUUAUUUGAUAAUGCUGUCUCCAACCAACUCGUUUUAACAAAAACCUUGUAAAAGGGUCCUAAACAUGCACUUGAAGGCUACAUAACAGCUACAUGAUUUUAUGCUAAAAGGCUAAAGCUACAUGUCCUAAGUAAAAAGACGGCAUCUUCACCAGUUGAUGAAACAUGUUGAACCCAUGGAAACAGGAGCAGUAUUGUUCUUGUAUUGCGCUGUAGCUAGUUAGUUAUAGUAUUAUGGUACAAUAUGAUAAGAAAAACUGUGAAGAAAAAUACUGUAAUUAUAAGGAAAAUUAAAAAGCGUCAUAGUAUCCUGGACUGGCUCAAACGCUGUGGGGUAAUACUACACAAUGGAUGUGUCGGUCCGGAACGGGGCUUUUUCAAUAACCUCUAACUCCACAAAUUAAUGUAGUUAGUUAUUGAUAUACCCCAUAGUCUUCGAUGUAACACUGGGUUAGGUUACUACUGUAUGUCGUAAGCUAGUUAGCUGGACAUGCUAACAUCUGCAGCUCAGGUUAGAGCAGACAAACACACUAAUAAUGGACUGCACUCUUUGGUCUUGUAUUUUUGGAGAGGUGAUAAAAAAAACAUACCGCCCUUCAAACUCUUGAAUACCGUGUAUUGCUCUCACUACAGCUUCAUGCACACUGCUUUAGCAUGUGGAGAAAUCCAAAGCUUGACAGGCCUGCUGUGCCUAGUUACAGAUAAACUUACGUUAUGUUAGGCAAUUGCUGUUCAGGGGACGGUUUUGGUGAACGGCCAACUGGGAUGGCAGAAACAGACAUUUAUUUACACGAAAAUGUUGCGGAUUAUUACUUUACAGAGUUCAUUUCUGUGGAAACCUGCAGUGAGAGAAGCAUCUUCCGGCUAAGCCGCACACAUGAAUACACCUCAUGAUAUUUUGAAAGAGAGACUGAAAGAAAUGUUUAGACAAGAAAUGAUUUUUAAGCUAUGAGAGGGGGGGCAGUUAGUUGUUGAAGCCCCAGCUAUGGGACCAUGGAGAUGCUGACUGUUAAUAGAUUCUCUUUGUGUCCUACUACAGUAUAUCCUCAUGUUUAGGUGACCUGUGCCCCUUUCUCUCUCUAUUGAUGCAUUGUGUGCUCUUAAUGUCUUGUUUAACUUUACACAGGUGUUGUAUGUAUAAGUGUACAGUGGGCAAGUGUGCAUACUCUUCUGCCUUUGUUUACAACUCAUUGACACAAUGAUCUGUUGACGUGUUAAAGAGGGCUGUAUUUUCUUUGCUAAAAGUCCUGGACUAGCAGCAAUGCUUUAAGUUUUUAUUUGCCUAUCACUUUCAUUACACAAACACAACAUUGUGAAAGUGAGAUGGAAAAUAUCAGCAGGUGGACACAAUCAGCAACCACGCAUGUACACAUUCACACACAGGCAUGAUGUAAGACCUCCCCUAUACUAAUAUUUACAGGACUGUCAGUUAGUUUACCUCUUCAAAACCCAUUCAGAGAGACGUGCUGCAUUAAAGGCUCCAUUAAGGGCUUUAGAAAGUCACUCCGGAGGUCUACGGAAAACAUUUCAGCUAUAGAAGUGCCAUCAGUCUGUUUCUUUAGAUCUCUGACCCCAUCUAACACAAGAAAUGAAAUCCAAAUACAUACAAAUACGUGAAAUGCAAUUGUACUGCCUUUGCUCGAACACAAUGGGCGAUUUCUUCAUAUUUGACAAGGGGAAUGGUGGAAGCUUAAUGUCAUUUUCCCUCAUAGUUUCUGUCUAAACUCAUAUGCAGACAUCAUAUUCAGUUAUCUGCCACUCCUCAAACAUGCAUACUGUCAAACUAACUUUUUUUACCUUACUUAACCUCAUCUUCUUGUCGCCGGUGCUUCAGUAAUCAGUCUUUGGACUGCACGCACUCCAGCUAGCAGUCCCCGUCUGCAAGUCUCUCUCUAGUCAAUUCCCAAACAUACACAGCAAAUCUGUUUAGGAUGGACAUUUGAUCCAAUCUUCAGUUUGCAUCUGCUCCUGUGACGUCCUGUAUCUCCCAUCUGACCCCCCUUGGCAUCAGCAUCUGGCAUUAAUGAGGAAGUAAUGAGUCUCCUCUCCUCCUCAUUUGGUCAUUCAUCUACUGUAACUUCCCAUUGCCUCCGUUAGGACCGCGUCACUGAGACAAAAACAAUUAUGAUUGGACAGAUGGUCUUUAACCCACCACACCAUGUUGGCCAUUCACAACAAUGCUUUUUAAAAAUGUCUUUCAUACUCUUGUAGGAUAAUGAGUUUAGCACAGUUAGAUUCAAGAAUUAAUUUCACAAAUAAAAACAUCUAUACAAUGUUUUAAGUGACUUCCUGAAGGUGUUGAUUACACAUUAUGCCUUGCCUUAGACCAGUGGGCUCCAAAAUUUUCCGAUCAUGCUCCCCUUUGGAAGCCGGGAAAAAAUCCCCCCCUCACGUGUAAAUUGAUUAUAUUUGUAUCAACCAGGUAGAAUAUUGGAGGAACUAGUUUUUAAAAAACGUUAAGUUGAAUUUGAUGGAAGUAUCAUUAUCAAGAACGUGAACUGCAUGUUUCUCACUAGUUUCUGUUCUGCAAAUGAAAAAGUUAAACUUUGCCCAAACGGCCAGAGUUUCAUUCUACCUGGUUUCGUGCACAUUUUCAGUUUGUGCAUAAAAAAAAAACCUAAGUGAAAAAGCUGGGGGGAAGAAAGUCGAAAUAUCACAAAAAGUUUUUACACUUGGCUGAGAUGGAAAAGUUGGUGAAUCUUUAAAAGCAAAAUGCAACAAAAUGCAAUGAGUACAUCUUAUCUUGAUACGCCCAACUCCUAUAUAAUAUUCACAUAACAGUGGUGGAUGGAAAUGUCCUUAUAGUUUAAGCCACAUCUGUGUAUGGAAGCCAAGAACAACCAAGAACAAAUCCCAUUAUCGCAAGUCAAGUUAAUAUAACAAUUUUUUUGUUUGCGAUAACACGAUAAUUUAACUUGUGAUCUUGAGAUAACAGGAUUAAAACAAUAAUUGCAACCACAACCACUCUUGGCUUCAGUAUCUGAAAAAUACGGUCUUUUACAUUCAACUUGUGUAGAUGUUUACUAAGAGCUCCCAUUAAACAAGUUCCUUUUCAAGUUGAACUGGACAGUCGUAAGCCUACAGUAUGUCAUACAAGUCAGACAAGUGGAUAAAAAUACACAGAGGAGUCAAACAAACCUCAAGGUAAACUAUUUCCACUUUGGCUCAAAUAGCUCUGGAGGCAGUAAAGCUGUUGUCAGACAUAAAUGAUCCAUUUCAAAAUACACACUAGACCUAUUCUUUGCCUGACUUCUGACGUUAGCGUCCCUCUGAGGUCAGACCUCAAGCAGCUUGAGGUUCAGGAAUAUUUUUGUUAAGCAGAGUUCCCCUGACAUCUUGUAUAUUAAACACUGUGUGGUGUGAAAUCCAUCUGCAAACACACACACACAUACACACAAUGGAGAUGUACUGUUGCUCUCGCUAAGCUGCAGGUUUUGUGUUCCACUUCAUCUAUAUGCAGCAUGUUCGUCGUCACACUUUAAACACACAAGUACAAUACGAUACGAUACGCAUCCCAAUGACUCUCGCUCACUUUAUACAUAUCUUUUCUCUCUCUCUCUCACACACACACACACAUGGUCUUGCAUUAAAUUGGCCGAGUCGGGCAUGUCCUCGCAUGCCAAGUGUACUACAGCAGCACUUAAUCCAAUAUAUAUUUUCAAUCAUUUUAAACUGAAAAUUAGACAUUAAUUCAUUAUUUGACACAUUCAUUCUCUUUCAGCAAAUAAGGGCAUCACAGUACAUGUGGAACUAUGUGUUUUUGUUGUGAAAUGUUUCUGUCUAUCAGUUAAAAAGUUAGGACUUUAUAUUUUUCUAAAUAUAUCUAUGAGAAGGAUUCUAUGUAUUUGAAUACUGUAUAUGAAUAUGUCAUUGUAUACUGCGUUGUUGGUGGGAGCAAGUGCAGUGGCUUUGUAGUGUUUUGAGCAUGUUUGCACAGCCUACCACAGACUUGUACCUUCGCAGAUCUGGUGAAAACGAAUCAAUAUAUCAAUCAAUAAAAUAUACUUGUAAAUUUG